AUGGAUCAACAAGGAAACGAACAGAUCCCCUACGGCAGCAUCCACCCAUACCACCCACCAAGCCAGAUGACAGGGCCCGCACCCUCCGGGCCAGGCCAGGCCCAGCUGGCCUACCAGCACAUCCACCACCAGCAACAACAGCAGCUCCAACAGCAGCUUCAAUCCUUCUGGGCUGCCCAAUACGAAGAAAUCGACCAGGUGGCCGAUUUCAAGAACCACAGCCUUCCCCUCGCCCGAAUCAAAAAGAUCAUGAAGGCUGACGAGGAUGUCCGAAUGAUCUCGGCCGAGGCACCCGUCAUCUUUGCCCGCGCUUGCGAGAUGUUCAUCCUGGAGCUGACUCUGCGCUCGUGGAGCAACACGGAGGAGAACAAGCGGCGGACGCUGCAGAAGAACGACAUAGCGGCUGCAAUCACAAGGACCGACAUAUUCGACUUCUUGGUGGAUAUUGUGCCGAGGGAGGAUUUGAGGGAAGAAGUGUUGGGACCGCCGGCGGUGGGGAGAGUCGGGGCUGAGGGGGUGCCGUAUUAUUACGUGGCGGGGCAGCAGCAGGCGGGUGGGUCGGGGGUUUACGGAUUUAGCUUGAUUGAUUAG